CAUUUACAACAGCAACAUGUACAGCAGCAACAUGUACAACAGCAACAUGUACAGCAACAACAGUCACAUGUCACCGCACAUGAUUUCAUUAGCGACAGUUUGCUAUCAUCUGCCUCAUCAGUGUCAUCAACAUCAUCAUCAUCAAUAACAUCCUCAUCCGCCGCAUCGACACCAGCAACACCCGCAUCAAUGAAAUUGGAAAUGCAAUAUCCGCCGCAGGCAUCAUCAACGGGAACAGCAUCACCCAACUCUAGCAUACAAUCGGCCCCAUCAUCGGCCUCAGUGUCACCUAGUAUAUUCCCAUCGCCAGCCCAAUCUUUUGCCAGCAGUCCGCCGGCAAUUUCAUCAUCAUCAUUAUCCACAUCAUCGACAUCAACAUCAACAUCGUCCUUGUCAGCGGCAGCCGCAGCCGCAGCAGCAGCAGCAGCAUCAGCAACAACAGCAACAGCAACAUCAUCGGCAGCAGCAGCCGCAGCGGCAGCGGCAGCAGCAGCAGCAGCCGAUUUAGGAGCCGCUGCUGUGGCAAGUGCAGCCUAUGGCUGGAAUACAGCAGCAGCCUAUACAGGAUUGCCAGCAAGAACUCAAUUUCCAUAUGCACAAUAUGCCUCUGAUUAUUAUGGAAAUGCGUCGGCUGCCACCGCUUGGUUCUCACACCAUCAGGCAGCGGAGCGUCUCUAUCAGCCAUGGUCAUCGCAAAGUUAUCCCAGUUUCAAUUUCGAUGAUAUUGCCUUUCAAACGCAAUUGCAACGCCGUUCGGUGCGUUGCACUUGCCCGAAUUGCACCAACGAGAUGAGUGGAUUGCCACCGAUUGUGGGGCCCGAUGAGCGUGGCAGAAAGCAACACAUUUGCCAUAUACCCGGCUGUGAGCGUCUCUAUGGCAAGGCAUCGCACCUGAAGACCCAUCUGCGUUGGCAUACCGGUGAACGGCCAUUCUUGUGUCUGACCUGCGGCAAACGUUUCUCCCGUUCCGAUGAACUGCAGCGACAUGGACGUACACAUACAAAUUAUAGGCCCUACGCUUGUCCCAUUUGCUCCAAGAAAUUCUCACGUAGCGAUCAUUUGAGUAAGCAUAAGAAAACACAUUUCAAGGAUAAGAAAAGUAAGAAAGCUCUUGCCGCUGAGGCCAAGGAGCAACAGCAGCAACAGCAACAGCAGCAACAGCAGCAACAACAACAUCCACACCAGCAACAACAUCAAACAGCAAUGUCAGCAUCCAUCAAGCUUGAGAAAUCGGAUAAAAGUAGUGUGAAAAAGACAAGUAGAAUCUCCGAAAGAACGCCCCUCAUGGAGUUUAAGCAAGAGCAAUUGGAUAGUAAUGCUCUAGGAUCAGUUUCAUCAGUAUCGCCAUCAUCUGCCGCAGUAUUUAACUAUGCUCCAUAUGCCAAUGUGACAACAGCAGCAGCAGCAGCAGCAGCAACAUCCUCAUCAUCGGCAGCAUCAUCACCAUCAUUAUCCUCAUCCACAGCAGGAGUCCCACCACCUCCACCGCUAUUCCAGCAGACGAAUGUUAGCGGUGUUUAUGAACCUUGGAAUACUAAUAAUCGUGCCAUAGAACCAUCAUCUACCUCAGUUACAGUAACAAAUAGCAAUAGCAACAACAACAACAACAACAGCAAUUCCUCUUCCUCAUCAUCUUCCACACCAAGACAAACGGAUACAUCGGUGCAACAUCAUUAUGCCGCAUUGGCAAUGCAAAGUGAAACACAAUUGGCUGCCGAAUACGGUUUAACCAUGUCAAGUUUGGCCAGUGGUGCUGCUAGUGAUAGUAGCAGUAGUCCAGCUAUUGCAGUAGCAGCAGCCACUAACAACAACAACAGCAGCAAUAACAACAACGUGAUAAACUCAAUAAACGGCGACGGCGGCGGCGGCAAUGGUUAUACAAGUCUUAUUGGUCACAUGAAAUCAGAAUAUGCAGCUGCAGCUGCUGUUAGUUAUCCAACUGAAUUUCCAUCAUCCAGUUAUGGCUAUCAUCCGCAUCCGCAUUCGCAUCAUCAUCAUCACCAUCAUCAUCCGCAUCAUACGCAUUCGCAUUCGCAUCCGCAUCAUCAUCCGCAUCAUCAUAAUGCCUGGGCAGCUGCCUAUCAUCCGCAUGCCACAGCCUAAGGAUAAAAUUUACCAUAAAAUACCACAAAAAAAAAUAUACAAAAAAAUUUUCAAAAAUUUGUUGUUGAGAAGUCGGUUGAAACCGCCAUAUAUGUAUCAAUAUAUAUACUUACUAUAUGUAAAGCCAUGAUUCCCUCUCCCAUCUCUCUCAUGAAAAAGAAAAAAACAAAUCCAAAA